AGCCCGGAUAGCCGGGAACCGGGUUUUCGGCGAUAUGUAUUACUACGCUUACCUAGCGACGGUUAUCCAGAAAACGGGUACGGAUCUAAACCGUAAUAGCGUUAUCGACAGUUGUGCUAUACAUGGCAUAUGCUCCUUGCAACGCCCUAGCAUAGAUGGCUUAUUAGUGCCGUUGGCUCGUGGGUUUUCAGACCUAACGAUGUGUAAAGGUCGAUAAUUGCAAAGAUCGACGUGGCACAAAAUUUACAAAUGCCUAACCCGAGAUUGCGGGCUGAAUAGAUCAAGUUCUGGGAUACUGGAUGACCCUCUGUUCUAAUCUCAGUAAAUCCCUGGAGCCCCAAGACGUGCCUCCGAAUUAGGUGGACCCUCCUCAGACGUUGUCUUACAUAGUACACACCUUUUUCCAGCAUGGCAUCAUCACAUAUUUCGGUGUAUUCCCAUUCGUCUAUCUGUAUACUUAAUAUCACUCUUUGUCGAUCUUAUCAAUCCCGGUCAGGUCAACAUGUCCGCGACCUUACACCAGAGUUGAAUCUCAUAUACUCCAUCUUCUCCUUACGUUUGGCUUCAAGGCCUUUUCCCUUGUUCUACUGUCCUUCCAACAUAACCCUUCAAGAUGUCCAAAGUCACCAUGACUCCGGUCCUGGCGGUGACGGCGGCCGCCUCGUUUUUAUACGCCCGCCACGCUGAACUGCCAAUUGUGUCUACAUUCGCAACGUCGCUGGCUGUUGUGCUUCCUCUCUACGUUGUCGUCUGGCUCAGCUGGAUAUUCCCCUUCUAUGUGUCCGAACUAAGACACGUACCUACUGUGCCGGGCUUCCCUCUCUGGGGUCAGUUCUUUGACAUCAUCACGCAAGAAUGCGGUGUGCCUCAGCGGGAGUGGCAUCAACAGCACGGUUCUAUUGUCAGAUACUUCUUCCCUUUCGGUGCGGAACGCCUUUCUGUUGCCGACGACGAGGCUCUCAAGCAGAUGACUGUCAAGAACCCUUACAACUACCCCAAGCCUGUCCGCGCAAAGCUUUGGAUGGUUCGCAUACUGGGUGAAGGUGUUUUACUCGCCGAGGGCCAGGAGCAUGUGCACCAACGCAAGUCUCUCGCUCCGGGCUUUUCUAUUCAGUCUAUUCGCGCACUCGCCCCGGUCUUCUGGGAGAAGUCGCUUCUCCUAGCCAAGUGCUGGCGUGAGGAAAUGGCCGCCGAGGGGGUCACGACAAAGUCCUUCGAAGUACUCGAGUGGCUCAACAGAACUACACUGGAUAUCAUUGGCAGCGCCGGCUUUGGAUACGAAAUUGGCUCGCUACGUAAUCCCGAGACCCCCAUUCGUGAGGCCUAUCGUCUAGUCUUCGCCUUCGAUAUCGGGUCCCGUAUCAUGCACGGAAUUCAAGCUUUCAUCCCUGCCUCCAAGUACAUCCCUUCCAAGAUGAACCAAGAUAUGCAAACCUCUCGAAGCAUUAUUCUAGACAAAGCUACUGAGAUUAUUACCGAAAAGCAAGCGCAAGCAGAGAACAACACCGGUGGCAAGGAUAUUAUUGCUCUUAUCGCCCGCGAUAACAAGAAGAUGAAGGCCAUGGGAGAGGCUGGUCUUUCUUUUGAAACCAUGCGCGACCAGAUCAUGACUUUCUUGGGUGCUGGCCACGACACUACUGCAACUGGUGUAGCCUGGACUAUUCACUUGCUAUCCACCCACCCCGAAAUCCAGUCUCGCCUCCGCGAAGAGAUCAAAGACUUCAUGCCCUUCCUCUUCGACAAAGAAUCCCGCUUUGACCCCGAAACAAUUGCCAAUGCCGACCCCGACAGGCUCCCUUACCUCGAUAACAUUUGCCGUGAAGCGUUGCGCUUCAUCCCGCCUAUCCCUAUGACAGUGCGACAAUCCCUUGCGGAUGACCAGCUUGGCCCUUACAAGAUCCCUGCCGGUAGCGUUAUUUACGUACUUGCAAAUGCCAUCAAUCGUUUACCGAUGUACUGGGGUCCCAACGCAGACGAGUUCGACCCAGACCGGUGGGAUAACCUACCCAAGACCUUCACUGCCAACGCUUUCAUGACCUUCCUUCAAGGCCCGCGCGGUUGCAUCGGCCGCAAAUUUGCCGAGAUCGAAAUGAAGAUUUUGCUAUGCUGCUUGCUCAGCAUGUACGAAUUCAAGCGUGACUUCGACACGCCCGAUCCUGAAGAGUGGAAGAUGUGGCGAUUAGUACUACGACCAAAGGAGGGCGUCACCGUCAAGGUCACCGCUAUCUAAAUUGUAUGGACAUAUUCUGCCAUUUAUUAUUAUUAACAAUUAAUUCUUAAUUUAUCACGCCGUAUAUAUGGAGAUACUUGGGAAAUUGAGAAGUCGAAAAAAAAC